GGAAAGGAAGAAGAUGCAUGUCAUGAUGUAGGGCAGGCAAUAGUAGGGCCAUUUAGUCUAGAUCCUUCGAAAAUGCCUGAUGCAGAAUUGCUUAAAAAGACAUCAGAAUUCAUGCAUUCUGGAUUACUGAAAAAUCAUACAAAGAGUAAUGAUAGGAAAUACAAGAUAGAAUAUGAGAAGCUAACUCUGACAUGCAUGAUAUCAGAAUGGGGGGAUGGAAGCAUUGAUAGGAAGUCACGGUACUACGCAUUAUACUUCCCAGGGAACUGGUUGAGUGACUUGCAUGUGGAGAUGGGGAUGUACUUCUUAAGGAUGAAAGCUG